AUGCCGCAGACCUUGCAGUGUCAUCACUCUGCUCGUCUUCUUCCCUCCGAUCUCCUCGGUCAUCUCCGUUGCUCGUGAGACGAUGGCUGAGCAAUUCUUCGGGACGUGGGAUCUCGACGAAAGCCGAAACUUCGACGAAUACAUGAAGGCGAUCGGUGUGGGGUUUGCUACCCGCCACGUGGCCGGGAUGAGUAAACCCACGACCAUCAUCAGCGGCAGCGGUGACCGCGUCUGCUUGAAGACUCUGAGCACCUUCAAGAACACGGAGGUGGAGAUCCGCCUUGGGGAGCCGUUCGAGGAGACCACGGCUGAUGACAGGAGGGUGCAGAGUGUGGUCACCGUGGAGGAGGGGAAACUCGUGCAGGUGCAGAAGUGGGAUGGCAAGGAGACGCGCCUUGUGAGAGAGCUCUCAGGGCCUGACAAGCUUAUCCUGACAUGCACCAUGGGCAACGUGGUGGCUACGCGCACCUACCACAGGGCAGCGUAGCUGCUGCAGCAGCCCAUCACCAACAAGACGCCUGCCCGACCUAUUCGAAUAGCUGUAGCCUGCUUCAUGCAAACAUUCCAAUAUAGGAGCAGAGCUUUGGGCGACCGAUGUAAACGGAGUGUUACCUCCCCCCCCCUCCCUCGCUCUCUCUCACGCGAGAGUUUGCUCCGGGUGCUCUUGAUUGGGACACCGUUAACAUGUUACAUAACAAAAUAAUCACGUGUCAUUCCGGAAAAUAUUAAAUAAGGGUACAAUAUGCUUCCUACACGUCCCUCCAGAUAAAACAAAAUUGUAACCAAAGAGGGUUCUUGCCUGUAAGCUUUUUAUGGAUAUGAGGAGGCGAAUUGCGAGUUUAGUAAUUGUGACUGGUUAGUAAAGCACUUGAACCCAGUCGAGCGCAAACUUGAGGAAUCCUGCUGAGUAGCAUGAACAGAAAUCAAGAUCGAGACAACUCCCUGAAGCCAUCAAAGCCGCAGCACCUCGCGAUCCUCCGCCAGAUCCCAGAAGGACUUUACACCAACAAGGCAACUUAAGUCGAGUGGAUACACACGAGAUGGCUUUCAUGCGAUACCAAUAGCUGCACUAAACUAACAGACACACUUGCCAGGUUGCUGCAACAACAACAACCGCCAUUCGCCACUAAGUGGCGGUGACGUCACCACGACGCUUGUGCCAGGCCACACACACACACGUCUGGCAAUGCGUAUUGCUGGGUGAACGGAAGGAGCGGUUUUCGAGAGAUUUAAGAAACUUUCCCCGUUGUUUCAACUGUCAGGCCAGGAGAUGGAGUCGAACCACCGACCUCUGCGUGGCAGGUCCCAGUGUGCCGCUAACCGUUACCUACGGCGGCUACCUUCGUUGUACAGUUAAAAAGGUAAAAAUGUCAAAAGCUCGUUGCUGGACAUGUCUAACGCAUGUGGCAAAUCGG